AUGGUGAGAGCAGAGGCGCUAGACCCUGACAAUGCCAGCAUCCUUGUGGCCGGUGGUGGAGGUGUGGCUCUCUCAGUGACACGCCGCUUGAAGGACAUGGGAUCAUGGGUGUGGAUGCUGCAAAGGAGCGACUCCCGUAGGUCUGAGAUCGAGAAGAUGAUGGCCAUUGUCGUGCGGGGGGAUGCGCUCAAUAAGGAUGAUAUCCAGAAGGCAUUUGAUCAGAUUGAGGAGGUGGAUGCAGUGGUAUCCACCCUUGGAGGCACCCCCGGCGACCCAACCGCCGAUUCUCAGGGCAACAUCAACUUGAUAGAGGCGGCCUUGGCCAAGGGCGUCAAGAAGUUUGUGCUGGUGACGUCGAUCGGGACAGGGGACAGCAAAGAUGCACCGCCCUCCCAGGUCUACGACGUGCUCAAGCCGGUGCUCCUGGAGAAGGAGAAGGCUGAGGAACGGCUCAAGGCUGCCGGCAGCCAAUUGGAUUGGACCAUUAUUAGGCCAGGCGGCCUGAAGAACGAGCCGCCAACCGGCAGCGGAGUGCUGACUCAGGACAAGAGCAUCUGCGGCGCCAUCAACCGCGAGGACGUGGCUGAUCUAGUGGUCAAGGCCCUCUUCAGCAACAAGGCCAACGGCAAGGUCCUCUCAGCGGUGGACAAGAAACAGCUCUUUGGCGAGCCCAAGUUUGAUGUCUUUGACUUGUAG